UAAAUCUCUUCACAGAAAACCAAAUCUGGGACGGGGACAUUGUCAUGAGAUGGACGUCGAAAAUAUCUCAAACAAGCUUCACUACCACAUCGAGGAGGGAGAACUGAGGGAAAUACAGCUGUUAUUGGACCCCGUUCUUGACAAACGUGUUAUUUCUGAGAUAGAAGAAAAGUUCCUGCAGAGGCACCCUGCUACAGACCCCAUUAAUCUCGCAAUAUCACACAAACACGAACCUAUUGCAAUUUACCUGGUAGAGAAGGAAUUCUCCACAGACAGAAUUUUUCACUGGGACAACCAAGACUGUGACCAGUGGUGCUAUUACGACCACGGGAUAGAUAUAUGUGCGUCACAGUACACAGCGGCGGAUCAUGCUGAGAAACAAAACCUUUAUAAACUAAAUCAGCUAAUCAACGAGAUCCGCCAAGGGAAGAGAAAGCCGGGUCAGAGUCUGACGAUACUCAAUAUACCGAACUAUGUAACUAAACCGGCAGUCAAAAACCAGGAAGUCAAAUCAGAAAAGCAUAUAUUAAACAUGGAGGCACCCAGGAGAAAAGACGUUGAGGAUGCCCAUGAUAUACUCGACAAAUAUGGCAAAAAUUUCUCUACAAAGGAUGGAAACACUCUCCUUCAUUUGCAUUUAGACAAACCCAGAGUCUAUAUCUACAUUUUUGCAAGUGCUGGUGUACCUGUAAACAUUCAGAAUACGGAUGGGGACACAGCCUUACAUAUCGCUGUCCGCAGUGGACUGUUGAAUUCUGUAGAGGCCUUGUCACAGUGCUGUGCUGACCUGAACAUAAGGAAUAAAAUGGGAAUGACAGCAUUAGAUGAGGCAGAUCCUAAAAGAGGAGACAUAACAGCUAUGUUAAAUACUUUCAAGCCCGGUAUUGUGACUGCCAUUUGUAAAGGCAAUACUAGGAUUGUAGAGAUAUACAAGCGCUAUUGGGGUAGCACAGAGGCGGUGCCUAAUAAGCCCGGGAUAGUGGAAGCUGUUUGCUCAGGAAAGAACCAAAUAUUAGAUCGAUUACUGAAACGCUCUUGGUGCAGUUUGUGCAGCAUUGUCAAGGAAGGUAGAACUCUUCUAGAAUUUGCAGAAGCAAAAGCCAUGACAGAGAAAGGAACAGUCACUAACUGUUUCCGGAUUCUACAGGAAUACAGGAAAACAAGUGAACUUACACACGCCAUAUUAUGUGAGGAUGUUGACACAGUCCGAAGCAUAAUUCAAACAGAAACAGGCUGGACUGUAAACAUCAGGUUUAAGGACCGGAUUGGGAAGACUUUGUUGUCACAAGCCAUUGAGUCCAACAACCUGGAGCUGGUCACUCUGCUAGUGGACGCUCCGGCCAGAGCCAAGAUUAAGGGGAUCAGAGUCCGCGAACAUGAAGGGACAAAUGUGACAGUGCCAUUAUUUCACAAAGCUCUUCAUCCAGAUAUCAAUAUAGAUAUCGCCAAAUAUCUCCACUCUGUUAUGAAGGAACCUUCAGAGCACUCAGAAAAAGACAAGAAUGGGAAUACAGCAGUAUUGAGGGCUAUAGAGAAUGAUUGUUCUGUCAAGUUCAUUCAGUGGCUGAUCCAGUGUACCAAAGGUCUCUGUUUGGUGGACAGGAAUAAGGAUGCAUUGACUCCGAGGGAACUAGCACAAGCUUACAACAGGGAUGACGUAGUUAAAAUGAUAGACAAAUAUAUCAUCGACAAAAUGAUACCAGUGGGAAUACCAAAGUUUUCUGGGUGCUUCCUUAAAGAGAAGGAUAUUGUCAGUAUUAAAGAUGAGCAAACUGGAAAGACAUUAGCGGAAAAAGCAUUAGACGACGAUCGGUUCGAUGCUCAGAAGUGGCUCAAUUUUCACGAUGUACAGAAUCAUGCGAUUCGCCUUUUUGAAGCAGCUUCUCUUGGAAAUGUUGAUAUUGUGGAGAAGACAUAUGACUCAAACUAUAAGGACAAGAAUGGAUACACAGCUAUGAUACGGGCGGUGGCCUUCCAACAAUACGAGGUCGUCCGUCUUCUCUGUAUUACUAGACCAAUCCUCAAGUCCAUCCCAGAUAAUUGCAAUAGAUACCCACUCCAUUAUGCAUAUGCGCUACCAGAAGCCUAUGGGAAAAAGUUAAUUGAAUUGUUACUUGAGCAAAAUCCACAAGCAAUAGAGCAGAAAGUGGACAAAGACGGUCGGUCGCCGGCAGACUAUGCCAAGAUAAGAGAUACUUUGGAAAUACAAAAGAUGUUGUAUGAUGCCAGAACUCUGGAUCUCUACGGAAAGAGAGGACCACCUCUAGGCCCAUGGCCAGAUGGUGCUAGUCGCAGACCUCCAGACGAAAACCAGCCGAUGGAUUUCCUUGACGUCAUGUGAUUUGACGCUAUGCAUACAUAACUUUCUAUUGACACAUUGACAAAUUACAUUGAUGUGCUAUAGACAAUCUCAGCACCUCCAGUGGAAAAUUUUGAAUGUUUUGUUUACUAUUUAUAUAAAAUACAAUAUUUUUCUA